GCUUCCAGCUCGGCCCGCCCCCUUUGUGUCAGCCGGAGAACGACAGCCCCAUGGCCGGAGCUUGAGCGCCGGCUGCCGUCUGCUGUCCGUUCGGUAACCGUGCUGCCUGCCCAGCUCGGUCGGAUCAUGAGAGAAGAAGAGGCGGCGGCAGCAGCAGCAGCGCCAGCGCCGGAGAACGCGCUCGCCCCUCAGUCCGAGCCGAGUCCCCCCGCUCAGGAGCGUCCGGCCAGCUUGGGCCGGGAGCUGCCGCCCAAACUCUGCGGCUACUUGAACAAGCUUUCGGGGAAGGGCCCGCUCAAGGGGUUCAAGUCCCGCUGGUUCGUCUUUGACCCCCUCCACUGCUACCUGUACUACUUCAAGGGCCCGAGCGACGCGAUCCCUCUUGGGUACAUCGACAUCGCCGAUGCCUGCUUCACCUAUGAUCUGGAAGCAGAGGAGGGGCAGAUGGAGAUCCGUUCGGCAGGGAGAGACUACACCCUUAAGGCUCCCAACGCACAGGUUAUGAGAUUUUGGCUGCAGCAAUUGCAACAAAAAAGAUGGGAAUUCAGUAAUAACAGCUCUGUUGGACAAAGAGAUAGUCGUACAUUAUCUGUGUUUCCAGAUUCUGCCACAGGUCUAGUUGCUAAAAGUAUUGAUGCUCCCUUUCUUCCCCAAACGACGGAUAUUGCUGAGAGUGCAAGAAGUGUACUGGAUGAAGAGGUUGCUCUAGAGAGUCUGGUGGGUGAACGAGUAGCAAAUCCCACAACCAUUAACUUCUCUUUGAAGAACUUGGGCACAGAGAUCAGAAACUCAAUGUCAAAUCUGAAACCAGGAAGAGCAAACAAUGAAAACCGCCGAAGUGUGUUCUACACAGAAGACUGGGUGCUGCUAGAUCCCACCCUCAAAGACUUGGAAGAAGCUGCAGGACAUGAGGAAAGGAGAAAAAGGGAGUCAAUUGAACAAAGUAGAGGAUCAGCAUUUACUUUUGAUUUUGCAAAAACGUCUCAUAGAUCUAAACGGCCAUUCUUGAAAGACAUGAUCGGAACAUCAAAAUCCCGAAAUAGUAGUGAGUCGUCUCCUGUAGAAUGGAUUGUUACCAACGGAAAGCCUUCAACAGAGAUUCAAUUGAGAAUCCAAGCACAACAAGAAGAAUUGAACAAAGUGAAGGAAGACCUAAGCAGUCAAAAGGAGCUGGUACGCCUGUUACAGCAGACUUUGAAGUGUUCUCAGCAGGAAAAAUACUCCCUGAAUACUGCUUAUGCUUCUCUCGAUCACGGUAUAACAGAGCGUUUGCAUCAGAAAGAGCACCAAAUACAGGCCCUGAACCAGCAGUUGGACCACAUUAACCAGCAAAAAGAUCGCAUGGAGCAAGAAAUCAAAGCACUUAAAGAUAAAUUUACUGGGAUGAGUGAUCAGCUUAACAUGUUCAGAGAAACCAUCCAAGCCAAAGAUGAAGUGAUUAUGAAGUUAUCGCGACAGCUCAGUGAAUGCGAGAACAAUCACUCGCCUCAAGGUGUGACAUCAGGUGCCCCCAUUGUUAACAAGGAUCUGCAGGAGUUGGACAGGCUAAAGGAUGCCCUUCAGGGUUAUAAGACACAGAAUAAAUUCCUGAACAAGGAAAUCUUAGAACUUUCUGUGCUAAAGAGAAAUACUGAGAACAGAGAAAAAGCACUGGAGGCAAAGUGCACCAGCCUGGAAGCCAGACUGUGCCAGGUUGAGAGCAAACAUCUUGUACUCCUUCAGGAAGUUAAGAAUCCUGUUUGUUCUGGAGAAAAAGGUCCAACGCAUGAAGUAAUUUCUAGACUUUUGGAAGAUGCUCUGAAAGUGGAUACCCCUGAACAUCCGGAGCAAACUGUUCUUAAACCAAAUCCUGUCAGUGAAUACGAUAUUUAUGGCUUCAAGACAGUGCCUGAAGAUAGUGAGGAGGAGACACUGAUUGCCAAAGUUCGAGCUCUAGACUUAAAGUCCAUGUCACUCACCGACAGCCAAGAAAUUUCCACAGGAGUUAAAUGGGCAAAUUACUUUGCUGGUACCAUGAACCGAGAAAUGGUGCGCUCACCUGAAUUGAAGAGCCUCAUUCGUUGGGGUGUUCCACAUGAACAUAGAUCAAAGGUCUGGAGGUGGUGUGUCAACCUCCAGGUCAGAAAAUACAGGGAUAAAUGUGGUUCAGGAUAUUUUAACUCCUUGCUAGAGAAGGCACUAGAGAAGCAGAACCCUGCUUCAAAACAGAUUGAGCUGGAUCUUAUGCGCACUUUGCCAAAUAAUAAGCACUAUGCCUCACCAACCUCGGAAGGAAUACAAAAACUCCGAAACAUUCUGCUGGCAUUUUCCUGGAGGAAUCCAGAUGUUGGAUACUGUCAAGGCUUAAACAGGUUGGCUGCGAUAGCACUUCUAUACCUGGAACAAGAGGAAGCAUUUUGGUGCCUUGUUGCCAUUACUGAGUGUUUUAUGACUCCAGACUAUUACACAAAGAACCUGCUUGGGUCACAGGUUGACCAGCGGGUGUUCAAGGACUUGCUGAGUGAGAAAUUACCACGGUUACAUGCACAUUUUGAACAAUACAAGGUGGAUUUUUCACUCAUCACAUUUAACUGGUUCCUUGUGGUAUUUGUGGACAGUAUUGUCAGUGACAUCUUGUUCCGUAUCUGGGAUUCGUUCCUGUAUGAAGGUCCAAAGGUUAUAUUUCGAUAUGCACUUGCAGUCUUCAAAUUUAAGGAGGAUGAGUUUCUAAAGCUUCAGGAUUAUAUGUCCAUAUUCAAGUAUCUGAGAUACUUCACUCGCACUAUUCUUGAUGCACGAAAACUUACCUACAUUGCGUUUGCGGACAUGAAUCCCUUUCCAAUGCGCCUGAUCCAGAGUCGCCGAGCUUUCCACUUGGAGAAAGUGCGCCUGGAGUUGAGUGAAUUGGAAGUAAUACGCCAGGAUUUUCUCCGGGAACGUGAAACUGCAACACCUGAGAGGAGAGAUGUCAUCAGUGAUGAUGAUGAGGACACCUAGUUGCAUAUUCAGGCUCGCCAUAAGAACUCGGGAUUAGUUAAAGAACUAGGAACAUGAGGAAAGCUUGCUUUCCACUUAGAUUUGUCAUGUUUGAGUCCCAAGGUUACUCAGCAGCUAAAUCUGUCUGCUGCUGUUAAUAAUAUACUUUUAAAAAAUAGUUCCCUGGUUCUCAGCUGGGCCAGAAGAUGGGCAGCCUUGCAAGAAAAUGCAGAGAAAAUCUUUCUCAUCCCGUCUUAUAAGCAAACCCACCUUUUGUCUCCCAUUUCUUUAGCCAUUUAUCAGGACUCCACUUUCUAUUGAAUGUUAUUUGGAGGUAGUUGCUCUUUCAAAUUUAAAACAUUGAUGAGUGUUUCUUCUAAAGUUUAAUCAUGUCGAUGCUCAUGAAGAAAUAUGCUGGGUGUAUUUCUCUUUAAUUUCACACAUUGAAAGACUGUUUCAAACUCACAGUGCAAAUGUGUCAGGUAUGCACUUAAAACACUGUGCUAGCUUUGUGCUCUUUGUGAUGGCAAAGAAAUGUAUGUUUUAGUUAUUCACUCAUGGGACCAAUCUUAAAAUUCUGACAGCAAGUGUUAUUUGGAAAUCUUGUUCAGUGUGACUUUCAUCUGUAGUUCUUUGUGUUUUACAUGUCAAUAUUUUGGGAAGCAGGCUUCCUUAACCAAAAACAUAGGGUUUGGGAGAGAGGAGUGCCUUAAAAUCUCUCAACAUGAUGUGAUGUCCCUUUAAAUGAUGAGAAAAGGGAAACUGGGCUCUUUGAUUUAUUUUAGUCAUCCUUGCUGAGACUAUCAUUUCACUACAAUAUUAUGUAUUGAAAAUCUGGUUGAUAAAUCUUGGUUUAAGCUUUGUUUCCAAUAAGGAUAUUCAGCCGAAGUAUGAUUAUAUGUUUACAUUCAGAAUGAACUUGCUGUACAGUGAUAAGGAAUAGCAAUUAGCCCACUCAACUUUAUUAAGAACUUGAAUUAUUCUGGGUUUUUUUGCUUAUUUUGUACAAAAUGUCAUUUGCAUGUGUGCAUCUUCUGAUACAAUCUAUUGAAAAUAGUCUCCUCAGAUGAUAGAACCUGAAUUUGAUGUAUCUUAAGGACUUAAAUGGUAACUAGUAGUUAAUAAUCUAUCUUCCAAUGAUAUGAAGAUGUCUAGAGGGACUAAGGUUGAUUUGAAUUAUUUUUGUUUUGAAGUUUCAUUUGCUCAUACCCGUCAAUGUCUAUUUGAAUACAAGGUUGGAAGAAUGCAACUGCAUCACAGAACCUCUCGAGUGCACUUUGUUCCUUGUUGUCCUUAAAGAGUUGAGCUACAGUAUACGGUUAUAAAGUACUAUACAGUUCUCUGACUUGAAAUAUGAUCCUCACAAUUUCUUUAGUUUAGAAUGAUCACAUGUAAUGGCGUUAACAAUAGUAGCCAUUUUUAUAUACCUUGAGCAACUGGGCUCUGUCAGCUGAGUUAUUGUGGAUUCUUUCCAUAUGCACAGUUUUGAGUCUUAAUGUAUCUAUGUAUGUUAUAUAUCUGUAUAACCAGCACCUAAAGAAAGCAAGAUAUAAAAGUAAUGUUGUACACAGAGCGGUAACUUUUAUUUUUGUGACAGAAAAAUGAUUCAUUGCAGUUAUUCUCAACACGUUAAAGGAAGAUCACAAUUUUGUUUUGUCUGUUUUCUUGUGAAGCUUUACUAUUCUGAAGAUUAAAAUUAUUUUACUACCAUUAAGUGCCUUUAGAAAUUUUCAGAGUUUAGAAAAUGCUGCAAUUAGUAAAGAAGUCAGAAACCAGGGGAAAUGGAUUUAAUCAUCAGUAGAAGGAUUAAAUCUGCAACAGAACUUUUCUUUCUGGACUUCAGCAUCUUGACAAGGGAUCUCUGAAGCAAUUAGCUUUGGUCCUUGUCAUAGACUGUGUUCCCGGCCACUUUUCUCUUUAUAGCCCUUUCAAGUUGAGCCAGACUUUUCACAAUCAUUAUGUUGUGUUUGACCAUGAGAUGAGCUUCUGCCAGUGUAUUCACUCAAUCAUCAGCAUUCCCCUGCUCCAUAUCUGUUACCUUCAAACUUAACUCUUCCAAUAAUCUUCCAGCUACUGUAAAUGCGUUCAGUCAAAAUACUGCCUGUACUUUUUUACUUCUCCAAUGCUCAAUCACCCAUUGUGAUUAUUGACUUUCUGUUAAUUUCUUCCCUUGUUUUCCUUGUUCUCAAAACCAUAAAACACUGGCUACACCACAGGAAGAGGCCAUUUGACCUACAGUGUCUGUGCUGGCUCUUUUCCAGAGCAAUUUGUUCUUUCCAUCCCAGCCCCUUUUCUGCAGUCUUUCAAAUUAUUCCUUGCUAAGAAGGCCAUCACAGAACAUGCCUCCACUACACUGUCUGGCUGAGCAUUUUGGAUUCCAAAUGCAAACAAUGUAAAAUAUUUUCCCCUGUAACUCUUGAUUCUCUUCCCCUCUAUUUUGUUUCCAUGUGAAUCUUUUACAGUCCAGCUUACAGUAUGGUCUUUGACCUGAGAUGCACUUUCCAGAGAUUCUGCCUAAUCUAUGUUUCUACUGCUUCCUGUUUGGUUCUGACUUUCAGCAUCUACCCUUUUUGACUUCAUGUUUUUCUUUUCUGACAAGUUUCGGUUAAUUUUUGCAAGUAGUAAUUGCAGCCUGUUUAAGGCAAAUCAAUUCUAUUCAAUAUACACAAAAUGGUGGAGGAACUUAGCUGGUCAGGCUGCAUCUAUGGAAAUGAAUAAACAGUCGACGUUUUGGAUCGA